UGAAGAACUUCCGGUGCGGGAGUGGCUCAAACAUUUUGGAAUUCUGCUCUAGUUAGCUGUUUUCCUUCAACCGAAUACCUAGCUAACUAACUAACGUUAGCUAAUAUUGUGACAAAUUAAUCUCCCCCCCUGUGUGUUUUUGUAGUUCAGCGGGAUCGCUGUUACUUGAUUGAAGACAAACAUGGAUAUUCCCACACCUCCUGAGGACCAAGAGCUGAAAAAUGUCAUUGAUAAAUUGGCCCAGUUUGUUGCUCGGAACGGACCAGAAUUUGAGAAGAUGACGAUGGAGAAACAGAAGGACAACCCCAAAUUUUCUUUUUUGUUUGGAGGAGACUUCUUCACCUAUUACCGUUGCAAGCUUGCUAUGGAACAACACCAGCAUCCUACUACACACGAAUGUGAGGAGUAUAAGUUGGAAGAUCUCUACCAACCACCUGCUAAGGAAGUCUUAGAUGUUCCACCACCAAUCACCAUCCUGCCCCCGCCCCCCAUUGCCCCAGCCGUGCCCUCUCUAGAUGAGCUGAUCCAGCAAAGCCAGUGGAACCUGCAGCAGCAGGAGCAGCACCUGCUCAAUCUCAGACAAGAGCAGGUGACGGCGGCUAUAGCCCUGGCAAUGGAACAGCAGACCCAGAAGCUGCUGGAGGAGACUCAGCUCGACGUCUCUGAAUUUGACAACCUACUGCAGCCAAUCAUUGACACGUGCACCAAAGAUGCCAUCUCAGCUGGUAAGAACUGGAUGUUCAACAACGCCAAGGGCCCGCUGCACUGCGAGUUGAUGUGCUCACAUCUGCGGAACCGCAUCACAGCAGACGCGGCCCACUUCGAGCUCCGCCUUCACCUCAUCUAUCUCACCAAUGACGUCCUACAUCACUGCCAGAGGAAGCAGCAGAGGGACCUGCUUGCAGCACUGCAGAAGGUGGUUGUCCCCAUAUAUUGCACCAGCUUCCUGGCCGUGGAGGAAGACAAGCAGCAGAAGAUCACACGGCUGCUGCAGCUCUGGGAAAAGAAUGGUUACUUUGAUGAGGUGACAAUCCAGCAGUUACAGAGUCCAGCUCUAGGCCUGGGCCAGUAUCAGGCCUCCCUCAUCACAGAGUAUGCAGCGGUGGUACAGCCCGUUCAGCUGGCCUUCCAGCAGCAGAUCCAGGCCAUAAAGACGCAGCACGAGGAGUUUGUGGCCAACCUUGCAAAACAGCAGCAGACAGCAGCAGCAGCAGCAGCAGUGAGCCAGCUAGCUGCAACAGAGCCCGACGUAAAGGCAGUCACCACUCAGAGUGGAGAGGUGAAGCCAUCCAUGCCUGGCCCUCUUCCUGGUGAUUAUGACGGAGCCCAGUCCAGACCGGACCCCAGCGCUAACAACAGUGGCCACUCUGACAGCUCCGCCUCCAAACCCUGGUUUGACCCACAACACAUGCCUGGAGGCUGGAACCCCAACCAGCCCCCUCCGUUCGACCCCACCCAGGCGCCACCACCGUGCCCGCCUUGGAACAGCCACGAGGGCAUGUGGAACGAGCCGAGGGGCGACCCCAGCUGGAGUGGAGGUCACCAACGAGGGGAGAGUGGUCCCUGGAGCGGCGGGGGGGGCCAGAAUGAGCCUCCUCCCAGCUGGAGUGGUCAGUAUGACCAGCCCCCCUGGAGCAGUCAGGGGCCAGACCAGCCCCCCUGGGGCCAGAGAGAGCCCCCCUUUCCACGCAUGCAGAGGCCCCCCCAUUUCAGGGGGCCCUUCCCUCCACACCAGCAAGGUCCCCCACCCUUCAACCAGCCACCUCCGCCUCCACACAACUUUGGCCGGUUCCCUCCCCGCUUCAUGCAGGAUGACUUUCCACCCAGGCACCACUUUGACCGACCGCCCUACCCGCCACACCGCUUCGACUAUCCCCAGGCAGACUUUCACGGAGACCAAGACAUGGGCCCCCCUCCCCACCACCACCCCAGCCAGAGGAUCCCUCCACCAGGCAUGGGAGGUGGAGAGCACCCUCCCUGGGGAGGUAACCAGCAUGCUGAUUUCGGGCCCCCGCCCCAUGGCUUCAAUGGCCAGUCCCCCCACAUGAGGCAGCGGCCGGCCCCAGCUCAUGAGGACGACCCCAGUCUGGUGCCCAACGUCCCGUACUUUGACCUUCCAGCCGGACUCAUGGCCCCCUUAGUCAAGCUCGAAGACCAUGAUUACAAAGCACUGGACCCCAAAGACAUCCGCCUGCCUCCCCCCAUGCCUCCCAGUGAACGCCUGUUAGCUGCUGUGGAGGCCUUCUACAGCCCCCCUUCCCACAACAGACCCAGGAACAGUGAGGGAUGGGAACAAAACGGCCUGUAUGAGUUCUUCAGAGCAAAGAUGAGAGCCAGGAGGAAAAAGGGCCAGGAGAAACGUAGCAGCACCCGCGGUGGUAGUCGUUCCCACAGUCGCUCUCGUAGUCGUGGGCGCUCUUCGUCUCGUUCCAGCUCGAGAUCCUCCAAGUCCUCACGUUCCUCCUCACGUUCCCGCUCUCGCUCCUACUCCCGAUCACGCUCCAGGAGCAGAAGCCGAUCCAGGUCGUCCCGCAGUCGAUCUCGUUCCAAGUCUCGCUCCAGAUCUCGCUCUCCUGACAAGAGACGGUCGGAAAGGCACGGACACACCCCUGCACCCGCCUCCCAGCAGUCCCGUAGCCCCUCCCCACCCACUACGUCUGGGCUUGGCUCAGCAGGGGCAAACCUGCCUCCCGACAGCAGGCUGGGAGAGGAGAACAAGGGCCAUCAGCUGCUUAUGAAAAUGGGAUGGAGUGGUUCAGGGGGGCUCGGGGCAAAGGAGCAGGGCAUCCAGGACCCCAUCAAGGGGGGAGAACUCCGGGACAAGUGGGACCAGUAUAAAGGAGUGGGGGUGUCCCUGGAUGACCCCUAUGAGAACUACCGCAGGAACAAGAGCUACAAUUUUGUUGCUCGCAUGAAAGCAAGGGAGGAAGAAAUCGAGACUCCUCAGACCAGGCAACAUUCUUCCAGUCUUCAACUGUCCAAUUUUGUGAACCGUGAACCACAGGAAACGCCUCCAGCGGAAUGAUGUGCAUCGUGAAGCUCGUAAAAAAAUUGUUUGUACUGAAUGGUUUUUCCAUCUGUGCAAGAUCUUCAUAUACCAGAUGGAUGAGGUUCUUAGUUUCGAAUGUUGCUAUUCUUGUGAUACUUUUUCAUGUAUUCUUCUCAUGUUCCAGGAGUUGGUGACUUUGCAAUGGAUAGAAAUAGUAUUGUGUUGCUCUUUUGUAAGAAAUAAAAACAAAAUCCCACCAAAUCAGGAAAUUCAUAUGGAAUUAAUGUCAUGUUAGCUGUAACUGUGAAUCAAGUAACCCUAUGCUAACCACAUGCUGUAGAAAUAAAGCAUUUUAAAUACUUGUGU